UCAACCGUCAAACAUUUGACACGACUGGUCUGUCGGACCACGUUGUGGCUAUGAGAGGUUUUGUCGGCGCGCCGUGAAGUCUCAUCAUGGAAGGCGGCGGGUCUACAGCCUCCACCGAGGCCUACCAGUAUGUGGGCCCAUUCAGAUUGGAGAAGACGCUUGGGAAAGGACAAACAGGUCUAGUGAAGUUGGGCGUCCAUUGCGUCACUGGCAAGAAGGUCGCAAUCAAAAUCAUCAACAGGGAGAAACUCAGCGAGUCCGUGCUAAUGAAGGUGGAACGUGAAAUAGCAAUCAUGAAGUUGAUAGAACACCCGCACGUGCUGGGACUGUCGGACGUGUAUGAGAACAAGAAAUAUCUAUAUCUGGUUCUGGAACACGUGAGCGGAGGAGAACUCUUCGACUACCUGGUGAAGAAGGGCCGACUGACCCCGAAGGAAGCUCGGAGAUUCUUCAGACAGAUCAUAUCGGCACUGGAUUUCUGUCAUAGUCAUUCUAUAUGCCACCGGGAUCUAAAGCCCGAGAAUCUCCUGCUAGACGAACGGAACAACAUCAAGAUUGCAGACUUCGGGAUGGCCUCGCUCCAACCAGCCGGAUCCUUGCUGGAGACUUCUUGUGGGAGCCCCCACUACGCCUGUCCAGAAGUUAUUAGGGGUGAAAAAUAUGAUGGUCGCCGUGCAGACGUCUGGUCUUGUGGCGUCAUUCUGUAUGCCUUGCUUGUGGGCGCGCUGCCGUUUGAUGAUGAUAACCUGCGUCAAUUAUUGGAAAAGGUGAAGCGAGGUGUGUUUCACGUGCCUCAUUUCGUGCCUCCAGACUGCCAGCAAUUGCUAAGAGGGAUGAUCGAAGUCAACCCGGAGAAACGGAUGACGCUAGCGGAGAUCACCCGGCACCCGUGGGUGACGGCGGGCGGGCGCGGCGAGCUGGAGCAGGAGCUGCCGAUGAUGGAGGUGGUCCAGACGAGGGUGCUGCCGUCCGCCGAGGCCGUCGACCCGGACGUGCUGCAGGCCAUCUGCAGCUUAGGUUGCUUCAAACAGCGCGACAAACUGAUACAGGAACUUUUAAGUCCACACCACAACACAGAGAAAGUGAUAUACUUCCUGCUGCUCGAGCGCAAGCGGCGCCGGCCCGCGCGCGACGACGAGCCGCGCCCGCCCGCGCCCGCCGCGCCGCCCGACCCGCCGCGCAAGCGCCUCGACACCUGCCGGGUGAACGGUCAGUCAGCGCACUUCGGUCAAAUAAGCGAGGGCUCACCGAUCACGCCUAGAAGAUCACAGUUCAGGUUUGCCCGCAGCAGGUCUGCGUCCGGUCGUCGCCCCGAGGGCCGGUCGUCGCCGCAGCUACCCGCCAGCCCGCCAAGUCACACGCCGCACCGAGUGUCGUCGUUAGGAGGCACGCCCGCCACACCUGGUUCUCCAUUAGCAUCACCAUCAGUUAGAGAACAUCAUCAUCAGAGAGCGAACUCCACUGGGCCUACCAUCAGUCUCAAUAUAAGUGGUGAACCAGGUGAAGCUGUGAUCAUCAUAAACGAGUCUCCGAUCAUGGGGUCAUCAGUGGCAGUCAGGCCGCACAGUCCAUCGCAGUCACAUAGAGUGAGAGAGAGGUCGUCGCUGCCAGGCCCGCCCACAACGCAGUCGCCACCGCAGCCCACUCUGUUCCCUAACUUGGGCACAAUCACAGGCGUCCCGCCCGGCGGCGGGGCUGCGGGCGCGGCGGCGCCGUGGCGUGUUCGACUGGCCACCAUCAAAAACUCCUUCCUCGGAUCGCCACGGUUCCAUAGGAGGAAAAUGCAGGCGUCCUCCGAAGAAGUCCACCUCACCCCGGAAUCGUCUCCGGAGCUGACCAAGCGCUCCUGGUUCGGCUCCCUGCUGCUGUCGGCCGACAAGGAGGAGACCUUCACGGCGCUGGUGAAGGGCAAGCCGCUCGCCACCGUCAAGGCGGACCUCAUACACGCCUUCCUGAGCAUAGCGGAGCUGUCUCACAGCGUGCUGAGCCCGAUGUCGUUUCGCGUGGAGUACAAGCGCGGGUCCAACGCGCCUGCCAUGUUCCAACGGCACGUCCGGUUUCAGGUUGAUAUUUCGACAAUAACCAAAGCUCCCGGCGAGAAUGGGAAGGAGUAUCUGUAUGCCAUCACCUUCACGUUACUAUCGGGCAACAUCAGGCGCUUCCGCCGAGUCUGCGAGGUCGUCCAGGCGGCCGUGUGUCGCGCGCCCGGCGCGUCCCGCGCGCCCGCGCUGCACCCGCCCUCGCCGCGCGCGCCGCGCCGGCACAUACACCCGCACGCCGCCGGCGAGAUACCAGACAGUCCAGAGACGCCUCAUCAGCAAUCCGACCACGACAGCGACUCGUCAGUCAUCGACGCGGCCAAGAGUACCAGUCAUACUUCCAUCGACCAGCUGGAGCAGAAUGGAACUCACCCAUUGGGAUCCAGUUCGUCUGUCACCAGCGGAUCUAGUGGAUAUAAGGUAAAUAUACAUUAAUAAAUUAUCGUGCGAUUGCAGCAAAACGUCAGGCGGCGCGCCGCCGAGCCCGCGUCGGCGUCCCUCGACCACGAGAUCAUGAGCUGCGGCCGCGACCGCGACCGCGCCGACCGGGACCUGUCCGGUGCACACACGAAGCGGUCGUCGUCCGAAUGCAGAGAAGCCUCCUCCUCCCCCCGGCGCGGGCUCGAGUCCCGGGACAGCUCCAUCAAGGACGAGCUGCGACGGAACAACUCGCUCAGAGACCGGCGGGACAUUCUCUCGCGGGACAGAGACUCGGCGGUUCCCACUACGUCUAUUGCGUGAGGCUGUGUCGUGUCUACGGACGUGUUUCAAUUGAUUGUGCCGCGUCAACACUGUUUUUGUGCAAGGUUAGUUUUUUGUUUUCUAUACAGGGUUGCGAUGGGUAACGUUAAAAUGACUCGGUCAAGAUUUCUGCUGACAAUUUUACACUAAAGUACGGCCAGUUGGCUACUAGUUAGCAGCGAUACAAACGGUCGAUUCGACUGUCGAACUGACAAUAUAUUCUGUCUCUUCCCAUCUUGUAUAAUUGUCGUAAUAUCUCGUUCUCCCGCCAAAAUAUGUCAAAGUUAAACCC